AGCUUUCUCUUCUGUAGCAAUGAUAGUCAUAGCUACAUUCAGACUGUUUUCCUAAUUGAUGUAGUAGAUGAGGGAAGUGUAGGCAUUUAUGUUGGUGAUUUCAAGGUGAUCAAAAUCAGAGAUCAGAUCAGUCUGUGCCUGAUGAGGGCAUCAGCUAGGAAGACAAUAUACAGGGAAUGUGGACAGAUACAGGAAGGACAGAGUGAAAGGCAUUGUUUGAGUACUGCUUAAGUACUAGAGACAUGGUCUCACUUCAUUGCCCAGGCUAGUCUCGAACUUCUGGGCUCCAGAGAUCCACCCACCUUGGCCUCCCAAAGUGUCAGGAUUACAGGUGUGAGCCACGGUGCCCGACCCAGUAAGAAGAAAAUUAACCCAGAAAAAUUCCUACCUUUUCCUUGCUUGCAUCUGGUAAUAGGAAAUGAUUGAUGAUGGAAAAGUCAAUGCUAGCUCUGAGGGGUACUUUAUUUUAGUUGGAUUUUCUAAUUGGCCUCAUCUGGAAGUAGUUAUCUUUGUGGUUGUCUUGAUCUUCUACUUGAUGACACUGACAGGAAACCUGUUCAUCAUCAUCCUGUCAUACGUGGACUCCCAUCUCCACACACCAAUGUACUUCUUCCUUUCAAACCUCUCAUUUCUGGAUCUCUGCUACACCACCAGCUCUAUCCCUCAGUUGCUGGUGAAUCUCUGGGGCCCGGAAAAGACCAUCUCUUAUGCUGGUUGCAUGGUUCAACUUUACUUUGUUCUCGCACUGGGAACCACAGAGUGUGUCCUACUGGUGGUGAUGUCCUAUGACCGUUAUGCAGCUGUGUGUAGACCUUUGCAUUACACUGUCCUCAUGCACCCUCGUUUCUGCCACCUGCUGGCUGUGGCUUCUUGGGUAAGUGGUUUUACCAACUCAGCACUUCAUUCCUCCUUCACCUUCUGGGUACCUCUGUGUGGACACCACCAAGUAGAUCACUUUUUCUGUGAAGUUCCAGCACUUCUGCGAUUAUCGUGUGUUGAUACCCAUGCCAAUGAGCUGACCCUCAUGGUCACAAGCUCCAUAUUUGUUCUCAUACCUCUCAUCCUCAUUCUCACUUCUUAUGGUGCCAUCAUCCGAGCUGUACUGAGGAUGCAGUCAACCACUGGGCUUCAGAAAGUGUUUGGAAGAUGUGGAGCUCAUCUUAUGGCUGUAUCUCUCUUUUUCAUUCCGGCCAUGUGCAUAUAUCUCCAGCCAUCAUCAGGAAAUUCUCAAGAUCAAGGCAAUUUCAUUGCCCUCUUUUAUACUGUUGUCACACCUAGUCUUAACCCUCUAAUCUACACCCUCAGAAACAAAGAUGUAAGAGGGGCAGUGAAGAGACUAAUGGGGUGGGAAUGAGCCUGUGUAUGUGUCAUAUUAACAAUAUAACAGAGUCUCCCCUCACAAUGAUUCAUCCUUCUAUUUAUUUAUCAGCCAUUCUUUUAUUCACUCACUCUGUUAGCACUUGCUGAGCAUGUACUCUAACAAGGUCAUGGAGUUCCUGGUAACAGGUAGGAAUAAAACACAGUCAGCCUAAAUACCAUUCACUUGUGGAGAAAACAGCUAUGUAAAAUCAAGAUAAAACAUCUAUAGUGAUGUUUUUCCAUGGUACAAACCUAAUGUAUCCAAGACAGACUUUUCUUGAUUGAAAAUAAGGCAUGAAAUUUGUUGUAAAUCUUGAUAGAAGCGAAGCUGUAAUUCCUAUGAAAAGAUGAUACUCUCAAUUUAAAAAUCUCUACAAUAUGUCUUUUAAUUUCUUGCUUUUUGGGCAGAAUACUUUUGUCUUCUAUCUUUAGUUUAGUUAAAUAUGCAGCAAAAUACUUCAAAUCCUUUUCUCCAACAAUGCUUAUUCUUUGUCGGAUAGUAAAUUUUGAGAGGAAUUUUGGUCCAUAUUCUUUCAUAUCCAGUAUCAAUAGUAGGACAAUAAGUUUUAUGAAUUGUAGUAAGAGAGGCUUUGAAACAGUGUAGCAGAAGUCAGCAUCUGAGAUCCCUCUUUUUUGCAAGGCAGUGAGAAAUAUAUAGGAAGUAAAAGGAGCUGGUAAAGCUGAGCUAUGGAGCUUACAAAGAAAUGGUCAUCACAGGCUAGGUAUACUUAGGUGAGGUAAGUGCUUGGAGCAACUGCAUUACCUAAGGAACUAAGGAGAACAUUUGAGGCAAAUAGAGAGGCUCUGAAAAUGACUUGAAGCCAAUGGGUGUAUGAAAGAAUUAUGUGAAAAUAUAUUGGAAAAAUUUUAUGAUAUAAACUGUCAUAUGGAAAAUGAUAGCUUAUUUUUAUUUUAAAGCUUGAUCUAAUUUGAGUAUUUAUGGUUAAUAAGUAUAUUAUGUAUGUCAAUAUAUGUGUUUCACAUAAAGAAAUCUAUUUUAUAGAAGUAAUCAUUUUGUUUUAUAUAUUAUUGUCAACCAUCUUCAUUUGAAAUAAUUGCGCUAUACCUAGAGCAAUUUAAACUGACAGUCAUAGUCAAAUGAAGCGGAAAAAUGGCUAAAGGAGAAUUCAGUAUAAAGUAACGUACUUGCAAUGCCUGAGUUUUCUCUAUAACUCAAAUGUCAGCUGUAGCUUUUGAGGCCUGUGAGAUUUAGAUAUGAUUGAUUCACACACUAUUUCCUAAAUUAUUAUAAAAAUAAAAACGCAUCUCAGAACUUCCCUCCAAUUUCUAGUGUGACUUGCAAUUGCAUUGAUUCUGCUGACUUUAUCUUCCUUGUGCAUCUCUGACUCUUCCUUUAUUUCUAACUAGGCAUGAAAAAUAUGAGGCAUGUGCCCUUGUCCUUAACCUUACCCAAGAAAUGAAGAACCAAGAAUAAUGUAUGUAAAAUGACUUUUAGCAAGCAAUUGGGACCACAUAGGGUAAAACAUCACAUAAAAACACAUUUUUAAAAACUUAAAGAACAUAACUUAGCCCUUUCAACUGUUUUCUACUAUGGAAAUCUUGCGAUUUGGAGCACUUCCUGUAGCAUCCUGGUUUCUCACCUACUCAAAUAUCCCCCCCCCCCAUCUUUAUUAAGGAUAAGUGAAAAAAAUGUAUUUAUUUAUAAUAUACAGCAUAAUGUUUUGACAUAUGCCUAAUUAUGCAAUUAUUAUUCAAGCUAAUUAACAGAUCAUUAACUCACAUACUUACCUAUUUUGUGGUGAGAACAUUUAGGAUCUGUUAUCUUAGCAGGUUUCAACUAUGCAGUACAGUAUUAUUAGCUAUAGUCACCAUACCGUAGAACAGAUCUCUUGAAUUUGUUCCUUCCAUCUGAAACUUUGUACCCUUUGACCAAUAUCUCCCCAUUUUCCCUAUUUCUCUCCACUGCUAACCCCUGAC